UACUACAAUGGCAUCACCUCCUCACACCAGCAUCGUACUUGCCGACGCAUCCUUAAAAGGAGUAAUAGCAAAUGCCUCAAAGCUCAUUGAGGGAUCAUUUGCCGCCAAUGAGAAAGACGAAAAGCAAUUGAAUGAUCAGCUAGCUAAAAGUCUAGCAAAACUUGAUAUAACCGAGCAUACAGACGGGAGUGACCAAGCAAUGGAUGUAGAUAUUCCUACAGACGACAUAAAGUGGCAGUUCGUGUUACGAUGCCUAGAAUACCUGAAGCUAAUACAACGAGAGCUGAAUUCCAAAGUAGAUAGUGAAGAGGCAAAGGGUCUCAAGGAAUUAUUGGGUGUUAAAGAUUUACGAGUGGUCCAUACACUUCUGGAAAUUGUUAUCACUUGGGGAGAGUAUCCACAGCUGCUGAACGGUGUUGGACUACCCCUUAAGCAACGUGUAAAAUCAGGCUAUGCUAAUAGAGGGUUUGUCAGCAAUUCACCAACCCAGCAAGAAGCCGAAAAAUCUCUUGACAUAGGACAUCUUUCCCAUAUUAUGACAGAAUUAACCGACAUUAUACAAUCGAAACCAAAGGAAGAAACAUAUACUUCAGUCGCAUCCAUAUUGUUGAACCGCCACUUGAUUGAUAUAUAUGCUGGUUUGCUUCAAAUGGCCUAUGCACCUUUUGCUGCAAUUGAGAAGGAGCAAUCAGAAUUGAGUAAGAAAGAAGGAGAAAGCGCAGAACAGCCUCGUUUGUCACCUUUUCAAGUGAAUGCUCCACAGAUUCAAAUUGAUCGCGAGAAAUUCGUUGAAAGAUUUCAGCAUUUGUUCAAAAGUGUUGACUCAUACAAAUCCAUGGAAUCAUUGUCGUUACUACUGGGUACUUCUCCGCUUCAUCCUGUACCUAAUUGGCUUCGCAGUAUAUGUGGACGAUUCCUAUCUCAGGUGUUGUUACGACCAAAGGGAGUAGCAGCUGUGCUUGACUUUUCUAUAGGAGGAGUCCAAGAAGUCAAGUUAGCGCAAAUGGAAAAACUUUCAACGUUGAUUACUACGCUUCCUUUUCAAGUUCGAUCCGUUGAAAGCUAUCUUUCCGUUCUUUGUCCUCAAUUAAUCGAUAUAAUCGCGCAAGGCAUUCCGGAUGCCAAGACACAAGUGGUUUCGUUCAUCAUUGCAAAAUUAAUGGUGAAAUAUAGAUCAUUAUCCGAAAAGUAUCUCAUUGAUCCCGUCAUCGGCUUUCUUGCCAAGUCUUGGGACCAGGACCAAUGCCCUCCACAAGAGGAGAAUUUAGCAGAAGAUUCUUUUGAUCCCGUUGUAAUUUCGGAAGAGCGAAUUCGGCAAAUAAUGACCACAAUUCACACUCUGCUUGUAUCUGCAGAACCCUCUCCCGAAAUUAUACAAGCAUUUUUAUCAUCUAGCGUUCCAGCAUUAUACCAUCUAUACCAGUUCUCUCACCACUCCAAGUCGGGCUUGAAGGAUACCACAGGCGACAUACUAACGACGUACUUUCGAAUUGUCUCGACAUCUGAAGCGACAAUGGAACUCAAGCGAAUUCUUUUUGAUAAAAAGGGCGAUAAGCGACUUGCAUAUUUUGCACCUGGUCCCACCGGUGGAGUGGUGAUGCGCUUACACAAGAAGCCUCCGGUUGUGGCGGGAGAUCACCUGCAAGUGGACACAAACAUCUUUGUUGACUUUAUCCAAACUAUUGGAAUUCAGACAUUAUGCGGGGAUUUCUUUGUCGCUUUGCUCAACGAGUAUUUCUCACUCCAAGCUGAGUCAGGUCGCUCGGUUGCGCCUAAAAUAAUUCUCAUGGUAUUGAAUCUCAUCAUGACCAUGUUGGACAAGCUUGGGCCAACAAUAUUACAAAAUCCCACCCAAAUUAUCGCUUUUGCAAGUAAUGUGAUCGAUAGCCACCUGAUGCAAGCAGACCAUCAAGGUUACAACGAAUCAGCACCUACUUUGGCGACACCAGGCAAUGCAGGACUAGCUGGAAUUUCAAAUUUGGUGUCGCAAGAAGAUAAUUUUGAGGAUGCAAUGGAAGGUGAUGAUGAAGCCGCUAUAAUGGAAGAUGACUUAGGCACCCUAUUUUUGGCAGUCAACCUAUUGGGUGCGGUACUGAAUGAAAACGACGAGUUAGAUAAGCAGGCAAAACAAUUACUAGGUGCGCUGUUACCCAAGUUACAAGUCCUUCAAAAUCACCCGAUACCUGCCAUUCAAGAGUCGGCCAGAGAACUUUCUUUAGUCAUUAAGUCACGGGAGGCUGAGGAAAAUGUCAGUGACCGGAUGGCCGGCAGUAACAACGCCAAUAUGCAGUCGUCCAUUGAUACCUACAAGCAGGCUAUGGAAGCGCUCCGUGAUGAAUUGAUGCCUGUACGAGCGCACGGAAUGGGCAUGCUGAAAAACAUGGUCUUAGCCAAAGAUCCUCUAGUUGCGGAAGGCAAAGGAUUAGACGAAGUACUAGACAUUUUUGUUAAUAUGGUACAAGAUGACGAUAGUUUUAUUUACUUGAACGCCGUAAAGGGCCUAUGCGCCUUGACGGAUGUUCAUGGGAACAAAAUCAUUACAAAGUUGGCAAAGAUAUAUGCGGACCCUAAGAGGCCCCUGGAUCACCGGCUUCGCAUUGGGGAGGCUUUGCAGCAAACUGUCCAACGAUGUGGUGAAGCCCUUGGCAAAUACGUGGAUUCGUUGCUUGAGCCUUUGGAGGCUGUUUUAGGUAACCGAGAGACAGAUAAGCACCUUCGUGUAUCCGCUCUGUCUAUUAUUGGGGUCGCGUGCCAAACCUGUCCAGUGGCUUUAACCGAUCGGUUAUGGUCGCUCAUGCAUUGGAUUCUGACGAUCCUUGACUUUGAGAAGGAAGUGGAGAUCCGACGAGCUGCAACCGUGGUGAUUCUGUCACUGUUCCGAGGUUUUGCCAGCCAAACACUCUAUUCUUAUCCGGCUGACCUUCUCAAGAAGACUUAUCGCACAUUGCGCUAUGUGGAAGACACAGACAAAGACGAGCUCACCCGGUAUCAAGCACGCGUAGCACUUAGUGACUUGGACACCAUCAUGCGUAAUGAAAUCUUUCAUUGAAGAACGCAUAAGAUUCCGUUUAGAUCACGCCAUAACAAUGCACAUACAGCUUCUCUCAUAAUGAGACAUAAUGACAUGGAUGACUCAUAGCGUGAUAGUAACAGAAAAAUAGUCAUUUCAAACAGCGUUCAUUUAUUGGCCAUAAGCGGGAAAUUAGAGCUGUCAUCCCAGCUG